CGAUCCUUUCCUAAAUUGGGUGCAUAGUGUUUGGUUUGAAUCAGUAGGUGAACAACAUAGAUCAUCAAAAUGUGGUCUAAAUUAUUUUUAAUUGUCGGAUUGAUUUGCUUAUCACAAGGGAAGCCAAAACCAUACUUCGGUGGGGGAUGUGCAACCAGUUGUGGGUCAUCAUGCCCUAGCCCUUGCGGAAGUUUGCCAAAUUAUUGGCCUGGUUUUGGAACAUCGAAUUUAGCAACGACAAAUUUAGGUAGUUCCGGAGCUUUAACCCAAUUUCCUUCUUAUACUUCCAAUUUAAUGACCUUUGGGGGAUUGCCUUUGAAUGGGCUUCAAACAGGAAAUUACGCUAAUUUACCAACUAACAACUUACUGCAAAAUGCGUACACGGCCGGAACUACAGGACACGCUUUCAAUCUGCCGACCGUCCAAUACAGUAGUAACUCACUGCAACCACAACACUUAACCGGCGGUCUUUCAGGAUAUACUUCAAACUUGCCCGCACAGUAUGACAACAGUUUAUUGCAGUCAACAUUUACUCCACAAACCACUAGUCAAACUUUGACUCUUCCAACUUUUUCGACGGGAAGCGCAUCUAAUAUCUUAAGUACAGGUCACACGUACGCUCCAAAUUAUCAAACUGUAGCUCAACCGAGUGCAUAUCAAGCGGUGGACCAUAGUCAAUUAGGAUUCAGUGGUCAGAGUUCGCAAUUGGCAUCGCUCACUCAACAAGUUUUGCCUAGUCAAGUGGUGUCAACUUUACCAAGCCAUACUCAAACAGUGUGGCCCACAGCUUCGCAAACCCUCACAUACGAUGUUUCCCAGCUCGGAACCAAUUAUUCUCCAAAUACGCUGUCGGGAACUUCGAUUGAUUCAUCCGUUUUGCAAUCCCUUACGCAACAAGUACCUGCAUCAUACGCGCCAAGUUAUGAUUGGUCAACUUCCUUGGUUUCAUCCAAUAUCCCAAAGACCAUUCCAGUAAAUUACAAUCAAUUCACAAGGCCGCAAAAUGUUGGAUCGACAUCGAAUGUAGUUGCCGUAGUACCUCCAAAGCCAAAUCCAACGGAAAAUAUCGCACAAUUACGGCAAACUUCAUCCUAUUCAGCAGGAUGCACUCAAUGCCCAGUUCAACAGCAAUCUUCGGCCUAUACAACAGGCUGCACUCAAUGUCCAGUUCAACAAAGUAAUUCUCUCAUUGGUCGUCAUGGAGGUUAAAUAAUUACAGUUGAUAUCAACAGGCAUAACUUACUUAUAGAAGUUUACAUAUACUUA